AUUCAAUAUUUUAAAUAUCUCUUUUUAGAAACAUAAAGCCACCGAUAGGAAUGUUGCAAAGAUUAAGAUAUUUAGAUCUUCCUUGACCUACCGCUUUUUUUUCCUUUAGGUGAAUAGUAAUUUUAAGACUGUUUGACAAUGCUACAAUGUGAUUGUGCAGCGCGGUAUUUUGUUUACGAUUAAAAUUGUAAUGGAUUGCUUUUUCUUGAAAUAUUCAAAAUAACUAAAUUAUUUACAAUGCCUAUUCUAUUCAAAAGGAAGAAAUUUACUAUUUCCAAAAUGUGAAGAAAACAUAUAUAUAUAUCAUAUUUAUAAAAUCAGUAAUAUAAAAUAUUUUCAUUUUUAUGUUUACAUUGAAACAUCUUAUUUGUGUUACUAGCAAAAGAAUAACUCAUUCCUUUCUUAAGAAAAAAAUAUUUAAUUAUGAAUCAGUCUUUCUUUACUAUAAAAACUAUUCAAAAUCCAAAUCUGAGGAAAUGGUUCGAGUGUUAAAUGUAGCUGAGAAAAAUGAUGCUGCUAAAAGCAUUGCUGAAAUUAUGUCUAGAGGUGGGUUUAGGCGGAGAGAUGGGCGUUCUGUAUACAACAAGAUUUAUGAAUUCAGCUACAAUAUAUUUAAUCAAAAUUGUCAGAUGAUAAUGACAUCUGUAUCUGGACAUUUGCUAAACUUGGAAUUCACUGGAGCAUACAGAAGUUGGCAAAUAUGCAACCCUGUUGUUCUCUUUGAAGCUCCAGUAGUGACUGAAUGUUUGCCAGAUUACCAAGGAAUCAAACAAACUUUAGAAGCAGAAGUGAGAAGCUGUCAAUAUCUUAUAAUUUGGACUGAUGGUGACAGGGAAGGAGAAAAUAUUGGAUUUGAAAUCAUUGAAGUCUGCAAAAAAAUAAAACCAAAUAUAAAAGUAUAUAGAGCUAGAUUUUCUGAGAUAACACCUCAGGCAAUUUCUCGAGCUUGUGCUAAUCUUGUUCCUCCUGAUCAGCGUAUGAGUGAUGCUGUAAAUGUUCGCAGAGAACUUGAUCUUAGAAUUGGAGCUGCAUUCACCAGGUUUCAGACUUUAAGGUUGAAAAAAGUCUUUCCUGAUAUUCUUGCCAACCAGCUAAUUAGUUAUGGUAGUUGCCAAUUUCCUACAUUAGGUUUUGUUGUGGAAAGAUAUAAACAAGUUCAAGCAUUUAUACCAGAAGCAUUUUGGAAACUUAGAGUGACACAUAAAAGAGAAGAUGUUACAACAGAUUUUAGUUGGAAACGUGGUAGGUUAUUUGACCACUCAGCAUGCCUUGCUCUCUAUCAGCUUUGCCUAGAGAAACCAACAGCAAAAGUGAUUGAUAUUAAAAGUCGUAACAAGAGCAAAUGGCGGCCUCAACCUUUGGAUACAGUUGAAUUUGAAAAAUUAGCCUCACGGAAACUUCGUAUUAAUGCUAAAGAAGCAAUGACUAUAGCUGAAAAACUGUAUACCAAAGGUUUUAUCAGUUAUCCCAGAACAGAGACUAAUAUUUUUCCUAAAGAGCUAAAUCUUGUAUCAUUGGUUGAGCAACAGCGAGAAGAUCCUAAUUGGGGAGCUUUUGCAGAACGUGUAUUACAGUGGGGUCCUAAUCCUUGCCAAGGAAAUAAAACUGAUAAUGCACAUCCACCUAUUCAUCCUACAAAAUAUAUCAACACUUUACAGGGCAAGGAUAAAGUUGUUUAUGAACUUGUAGUUCGACACUUCUUGGCAUGUGUGUCGAAAGAUGCUGAAGGCAAAGAAACCACGGUUGAAAUAGAUGUAAAUGAUGAAAGAUUUGCUGUUAAUGGCCUGAUGAUUAUUGCUCGGAAUUAUUUAGAUGUUUAUCCUUAUGAUCGGUGGAAUGCUAAGAUAAUUGGUGAAUAUUCAUUAAAUGAAUCCUUUGAACCAACAGCAAUUGAAAUGGAUGAAGGCGAAACCACUGCACCCAACUUGUUAACUGAAGCUGAUCUAAUUGGUCUUAUGGAAAAACAUGGAAUAGGGACUGAUGCAACUCAUGCAGAACACAUAGAAACAAUAAAAUCUCGACUCUAUGUUGGUGUUAAUGAGAAUGGACGUUUCAUUCCUGGUGAACUUGGGAUGGGAUUAGUUGAAGGAUAUGAUUUGAUGGGGCUUCAUUUAUCAAAACCUAAUUUGAGAGCAGAAUUAGAAGCAGAUCUUAAAAGAAUAUCAGAGGGUACUAAAGAUCCAAAAGUGGUAUUGCAAGAACAAAUUGCAAAAUACAAGGAAUAUUUUCUUGAAAUUGUUAAUCAAGCUGUCAAAUUAGACAGUGCUUUGGCCACUUACUUUAAUGUCACUCCUGAUACUGUAAUUGAAGAAAAUACUGCUCCUCAACUUCUUCCAGUCAUGAAAUGUCCCAAAUGCUUAUCUGGUGAUAUUGUUGUACGAGUUAAAAAAGACAACAAAGGAUUCUUUUUGUCAUGCAUGUCAUAUCCUAACUGCAAUGCUGUGAUGUGGUUACCUGACAGUUUGGAACAAAUAUCAGUGACUGAUGAAGAAUGCUCUCAAUGUCAUCCAAAGUCAAUAAAAAAAGUGAAGCUCAAAUUCAAAGCUGGAACUUUGAUGCCCUUCUAUCCAGAUGAGUUUGUCAAUUGCUUAGGAGGCUGUGAGCCAGAUCUUUUAGAAAUGAUGGGAUCUCAUCCUAUUAUUCCCUCCCGAAAUUCUAAUAGUAAUUCAUCAGCAACCUCUUCAUCCAGAAACGCCAGUUCUGAUAGUGGUUAUGAAUCAACUAGUCAUGGUUCCACUAGAACCAACAAUCACUUUUCAACAGGAAAUUCAACAUUGUCCAGAUCACAAUCACUGAUAAAUAGUGCCUUUUCUCGGUCUGACAAUCAUCCUUCAUCUGGUUCUUCCAAUCCUUUAAGAUCACAAUCUGUCUCAAAUAGUGCCUUCAUGGGAUUUUCAACAUCUGAUUCCAGACAAACAUCUUCUACUCAAGCUCCGAGGAAUCCUUUUCGGCCUGUUCCAGCUUCUAAUAAUAGACCUGCUUCAUCUAAUGAUGAUAUUGUUUGCAAUUGUGGCAAAAAGGCUAUUGUUUUAGUUGUCAGAAAAGAUGGACCAACAAAAGGAAGACAGUUUUACAAGUGCCCCGAAAUGUCUGAAAAUACUAAAUGCAAUUUUUUCCUAUGGAAAGAUGAAGAGAAUUCUGCUGAAACACAAAACCCAUUUCCACAAGUUCAGGAAAAUUUUACUUCUAGGUUUCAGCCCAGUUCUGCUCAAAAUGAGAAUUUAGAGAAUGAAACUCUAUGCAGAUGUAAUCUACCUGCGAAAUUAAUGACAGUGAGAAAAGAAGGACCUACAAAAGGAAGACCAUUUUAUACAUGCCCUAAAGGUCGUGUGGAGGGCUGUGGUUUCUUCAAAUGGGGUGAUGCAGAUGGCUCACAUAUGAAUGCUUCAUCAAGUUUUGAAUCUGGUGGUGGGUUUAAUCAUGGAAGUGCUGCAUCAUCCAAUAGGAGACCUGCUAAUUCUGAUGGUGGCCCUCCAAGCAAAAGAAAAUGUGGUAUUUGCAGCCAACCAGGUCAUAAUAGGAAGAAAUGUCCACAAAAUAGAUGACCUAUAUAAGUGUACAAAAUAUUCUUUCAAUUGUAUAUAUGUAUUAUAGAGACUGUAACAUAAAGAUUUUUAUUCUUUGAA